AUGCUGUACCACGAACUCGAGGAGAAUUUCUGGACGCCCACUGCCAUGCUGGCCUCCGACAUGGAGGCCAACGAGCUGGUCACCUACGGUGAGGGCCUCACGAACGAGCUGCUGCGGAUCCUUUCGCCACAGCGCGUGGAAGACACGGAGCAGUACGCGGCCGCCGUGCCUGGAGUCAUCGAUGACUCGGACGCCGAGCAUAUCGAGAAGGCCGUAGCCGAGAAGCCGCACGACGGCUUCGACAUCCAGGCUGUGGACCCAGAGCAUCCCCAGGGCACGGAGCCCUUCGAUGUGGAGGGAGACGACGGCGACGACAUCAAGAAGUCUGCGGACGAGCAGGUGGUGCAGUUCGCAGCGGAGCGGGCUGCGGAGCCGCCCAAACAGGAGGCGAUUAAGGCGUCGGAAGCGACCCAGGAGGACACUGUGCAGAUCGAGCAGGCUGUGCUAGAGAAGCUGCACGACGGCUUCAGAAGCCAGGCAGAGGUCAAUUCCGAGGUGGUCCAGGAGCAGUUCGACACCACUAGCUGGAAGUACCGCGCUGGAGAAAACUGGCUGUCCUUCGGCAAUCAGAGCGCGGAGAUAGAGAAAGCAUAUGUUCAGUUCGUUGCAGGAGAAGGCGACCGGCAUUACAACAUGAAGAUUGAUAGUUGCACGCCU